CGGCCGUUUCUAUAUCAAUUUUACACCGACGUGUUUGGUUUACCAUCAUAUUUUGUGAUGUAUUCAUACAAAUAUAAACAGAAGAAUUAACUAAGAAAAAUAUAUUGUUCGAAGGGUCGAAAUAUAGGCCUAGUCAAGAUAAAUUAGCCAUUUCAUGAUGCUUUAUACUUAUCUUAGCAACUCUAUUAUUGACAAUUUUUUUGCGUAAUACAUGAUACCGAGAAAACGUGCAUUUUAUUAUUGGUUAUAAUAGUAAUAAUAACACCAUGAUAACUAAAUUAAAUGUAAAUUCAAUAAUUAGGAGUCAUUAUUAAUCAAUUGAAUUUAAGUGAUAUUUCACGAAAUAUGUAUAUUGCGCACUAUACUGAUACAUUAGUUUCUGUAAUAGCCUGACUUUUAAUUAAGAAAAGGAUGCGUCAUUAAGAAAACCACAAUAUGUACAUGUUAUCUAAAUAAGGACUAAAAAUAAUACAUAAUGUAAAAUAAGAUUUGGCAAAGCAAAGAAGUAUCUAUGUAUUACAACUGUGUUUGCUUAUAAGUCAUGAAGGCUACCUCUGUAAAACCUUGAAAAUAAUAUCUACUAAUCUAUGGUUUUGGAUAAUAUGAUUUGCCUUAAAACACAAACUACGAUGGCUGACAACACAGAAAGUGAACAGUAUCCGCUUCACAAAUGUAUCUUUCAAGGGGACAUUAAAACUUUGAGUUCAUUAAUCAGAACUCACAGUCUCAGUCAAAAAGAUAAACAAGGAAAUACACCUCUACACUUAGCUGUAAUGUUAGGAAGAAAAGAAUGUGUUCUGUUAUUACUCGCCCAUGGUGCACCUGUCAAGGUUAAAAAUUUAGCCGGAUGGAGUCCUUUGGCAGAAGCUAUCAGUUACGGAGACAGGCAAACUAUAUCAUCUUUAGUAAGAAAAUUAAAACAACAAGCAAGAGAACAAAUGGAGGAAAGAAGGCCAAACUUAAUAGCUGCUUUACAUCAAAUGGGUGAUUUUUAUAUGGAGUUAAAGUGGGACUUUCAAAGUUGGGUGCCUCUACUAUCAAGAGUAUUACCAUCAGAUAUAUGUAGGAUAUAUAAAAGUGGAGCGUCAAUUAGAAUGGAUACUACUCUUGUAGACUUUAAUGAUAUGAGAUGGGAAAGAGGUGACAUAUCGUUUAUUUUUAAUGGAGAUAAAAAACCUGGCAAAUCUUUGACUAUCCUUGACAAUAAGGCUAAACUUUAUCAGCGUUUGAGAUACGAAGAGACAGAGAUUGAAAUUGAAAAUGAAGUUGACAUUCUUAUGUCUAGCGAUAUAAUGGCUACUCAAAUGUCGACCAAAGGUAUAACUUUUACAAGAGCUCAAACUGGAUGGAUUUUUAGAGAAGAUAAAAGGGAAAUGGUAGGACCUUUUACAGCUGAUUUUUAUCAAAUUAAUGGUAUGGUAUUAGAAAGUAGAAAGAGGCGAGAACAUUUGAGCGAAGAAGACUUGCAAAAGAACAAAGCUAUUAUGGAAUCCCUUACGAAAGGAAAUUCGCAAGGGUUUGCAAACGACGAUCCUCCUAUGAGAAGAGCAUCGUUAAAUCCACCUCCAGAGUCAAAUAUUACAUGGGAAGAAUACAUACUUGAACCUCCAGGACAAUGUCCUCUUUUAGGAAGGAAUAUGGUUUAUAAAGAAAAUAGUAAGCCUUUCAAAGCAACUGUCGCUAUGAGUCCAGAUUUUCCACUGACUGUAGAUAUGCUACUGAAUGUUCUGGAAGUUGUAGCACCAUUUAAACAUUUUAACAAAUUAAGACAAUUUGUUCUGAUGAAAUUGCCUCCUGGUUUUCCUGUGAAAAUCGAUAUACCUAUUUUACCUACUGUUACGGCUAAAAUAACGUUUCAAGAGUUUUCCUUUCGUGACGACGUUGAUCCAGAGUUGUUUCAAGUACCAUCGGAUUAUUUCAAAGAUCCUAUGAGAAACAAAAAAAUAAUAAAAUGAAAGAUUGAAAAAAUAGACAGAAAACAAAGACUAAAUUAAAAAAAAUGCCAUGCGUGUUUCAUCAUCAAAAUGCUAAUAAUAAAUAAUUUUUGGUAUUUUGAGAAUUGUGUGCGGAGAAACGUCUAAAUAAAAUAACGACAUUGACGUCCACGUGGAAAGGUUUUGGAAAUAUCUACUAUCAUCAAAUUUAUUUUCUAUUAAAUCCGAAAGGCAUAUGAGAAUCGGGAAAAAUGAAUUCAAACGGAGUUGAGAUUUCCACAAAUAGGCUAUUACAUAUACUCUCGAAUUCGAUCAGUCCUUUCAAAUCAAAUAAUCGAUAUCAUAUCGAUUUAGUCGCAUUUCGAGUCACGACCAAACUCAUUCAUAACUUUUGAUAUAUCAAUAUGCAAUCAUUAAGUGAUAGGCCGUCUGUACUACUGCGUAUGUACCUCGAUAUGCAAUAAUUAUGAAUUUAAUAUUUCUUGGUAAAUGAUCAAUCAAAUAAACAUUUUUUUGAAACUGA